AUGGAGGCCAAAUUUUUCCGCUUUCUUAAGAUUGUGGGUGUUGGAUACAAAGCUAGAGCUGAAUCUGCAGGGCGUCUGUUGUAUCUCAAGUUAGGGUACAGUCAUGAGGUGGAAUUAUCCGCGCCUCCUGCUGUCCGUGUUUUCUGCUUCAAAAACAAUGUAAUUUGUUGUACAGGAAUAGACAAGCAAAGGGUGCAUCAGUUUGCAGCUACUGUUCGCAAUUGUAAGCCACCUGAAGUUUACAAAGGCAAGGGCAUCAUGUAUACCGAUGAAGUUAUCAAGAAAAAACAAGGAAAGAAGUCUAAAUGA